CCCGAAAGCCCCAAUCUGGUUGGUAAGUUUCCUUUCAGCAUCACCUGAAGCUUCUUCAUAGGGUCACCCAUCAUGCAGGGUUGAGUGAGCGUCGGACACAUUAGCUGUUCAUUGCGCUUGCUGACACACAUUCAGAUGUAAACGGAGGAGAACAGAUUCUUCUGAGACUGCGCCUUCCAUGGGCUCCCGACACCUUUUAUGAAGAAGAUCAGGUUGUUCGGGUCAUGCUCCAUGAGCUUACCCAUAAUGUCCAUGGUCCUCACGACGAAUCUUUCUACAAGUUUCUAGCUGCACUCGAAGACGAGUAUGAUGCACUAGUACGCUCUGGCUACGCCGGCGAAGGCUUCUUUUCUCCUGGCCACCGGCUGGGCGCAGGGGUAUCACAUGAUCUUCCGCCACACUUAGCUAGACUCAAAGUUCUUGAAGCUGCCGAGAAGAGGCGUCGCGCAAAUGGUGUUCUCGGCGGCGGCGGCGGCAGGCUAGGAGGCCACAGAAUCACGGCGCUGCAAGGCAUGGAUCCUCGUGAAUUGGCCGCACAGGCUGCCGAGCGCAGAAAGCGUGAUGAGAUCGAGUGUGGGUCGGGUACACUUGCCCAGCGCGAAGCCGAGAGAGCGGCCAAGGAAAGCAUCGAAGACAUCAUCGACCUUACCGAUGAUUCCUCUCUUGAACCGUGGUCUUGUCCAAUAUGCACACUUCACAAUGAGCCAAUUGUGCUGCAGUGCGCAGUAUGCUUCACUGUCCGUCCUUUUAACUCGCCUAGGAAUGCGAGUCAAUCACGUGUUGUUGCCGAACCACCGAGGCCACAGAGUAGUACUUCCGGAUCAAUCCCUGAUGCGCAAAAACAGUCUAGAGCCAUUGCGGUGAGGCAGCCAAGCAAUGCCAAGGACCCCAUGCCUCCUCGUAAACCAGCUGAGACCUCAGCUGAUGGUGGGCAAUGGGCUUGUGCGGUCUGCACGCUCGUCAACGACCAACAAGCGCACCAGUGUACCUUGUGUUUAACAGGGCGUCCUCGAGAUCCUUCUAUGGGAUGGACUUGUAUAACGUGCGGUGAGGCUGACAUACCCCACCAGUUUUGGUCUUGUCGAUUUUGCGGCGCGAUCAAGACGGAGAGCACUUACGGUUAAAGAAUUUUGUCUCCUGGAGCAAUUUCACAUCUCAGGGGAUUCCAGGGCUUCAUGUUACAAUAUUUCAUAAUACCUUGACUGUGAUGUUACGAUGCAGCCCCUUUACCUUGACAGUUUUUCUCUCAUGUAUUGUUGUUUGGCCAGGCUGUACCCUGUGUAGAUAUAGUCGUUGUAUGGCGGAGUAACAAAGUGUUUGCUUACGAUGCUGCGAGUGUCGCAAUUAGUUGUUUGCCAAUCUGGAUCUGUGGAU